AUGUUACAAUCAACACAAGGGUUCUCAUAUAAUUCUCAACGCAAAAAAACAAAAUGGCAAAUCAGGGAUAAAAAAGCAAUUGCGACUGUAUAUCCUCAAUUUAGAGAACCUUCAGAUGAAGAUACCGAUGAGUUCGAGAUUUUUUGUUGGUCUGAGCUACUGCUGUACAAACCGUUUCAUGACAUCCCAACUGAGAUAGGAACUUCAAAAGAACAAAUUAUAACAAAUUGGAAAAACUUUAAAAAGACUAAUUACAACCGUCUUCACAGCCAACAAAUUAUAGAUGAUUGCAGCCCUCCAAAUGAAGAUGACAGUGACAAUAAUGGUUCUCAAAAUCAAGAUGAUCCAAAUCUAUACGAGUGGGAAUUACUGUCACGAAUGGGAGCUACAAAUAACUUUACCCAGAAUGAUCUACAAAUGCUAGGUCGUUGUGAUUAUGAUAUUAACUACUCGUGGGGUACAAUUGUUGUGGAUGAUCAAUUAGAUUGUACUGCUCUUCAAUCCAUAGCUGCAACCAAGCUACAAUUCCAACACGCUAGCAUGCAAAUCUCAACUCAGGACACACAGAAAAUUCAACUAUCGCCUAAACAAAAAGUUGCACUCGACAUUGUUCUACAACAUCAUAAUAAACAAUCUGCAACAACACCUCUACGAAUGAUUGUUCAAGGCACCGCAGGCACUGGUAAAUCAUUUUUAAUAGACUGCAUUAGGAAACAAUUGAACAUAUCUAUAGCUGUGAAGCAAAACCCAUUGCUUCUUUUGGCACCAACAGGUGUUGCUACUUUUAAUAUACAAGUGACAACAAUCCAUGCAGGGUUACGCAUACCUAUAAGAGAAAUGCAUCCUUUGACAGGGCAGUCAUCAAUGACAUUGCAAGAACAAUUCAAACAUAUUAAAUAUAUCCUAAUAGAUGAAAUGAGCUUUUUAGGCCCAAAAUUACUACUAAAGAUAGAUGGUCGUUUGCGCCAAGCAUUCCCUGACAGUCAGCAUGAAAGCUUUGGCGGGGUGUCCAUAAUUCUUGUAGGUGAUCUUGCUCAGCUCCCCCCGGCAAUGGAUAAACCUAUAUAUGCAUCUCACUCUACAGCCCUCAGUUUAUGGCACUCUUUUACUACUGUCGUAACAUUGGACACUAUUUUCUGGCAACAAGGUGCAUCUAUAAGACAACAGCAAUUCAGAACAGUCCUUCACAACAUAAGAAAUGCACAAGCACUGCAACAUGAUUGGCAGUUUCUGAUGUGCCAGACAAAUGCAACAUUAACUAUUCAACAAAAGAAGGAUUUCAACUCAUCAAUCCAUUUAUUUGCAACAAAUGAAUCUGCACGGUUGCAUAACAGGAAAAUGCUCAAAGAAUUAAAUUUGCUUGUCACUCUAAGUUUACCUAAAGUUGGUAAGCAAACAAAUACUGAAUAUGACAACGAUGAACAACUUCCAUUAGAAGUAUUGCUUUCUAUAAACCAGCAAGUGAUGUUAAUAGCUAACUUGUGGAUUGAAGUUGGCCUUGUCAAUGGAGAUAUUGGUCUCAUCAAAACAAUUGUAUAUGAAAACAAUACAAAACCACCAGACUUGCCAAAAUAUGUGGUCGUGCAAUUCAAGGAUUAUAAUGGACCUCCAUGGGAUAUAGCACAUCCAAAGACAUACCCAUUUUGCCAAUAA